AUCCAAUAUCCACAAGGGAUAACAAGACAAGGCCAUGGCCGCCGCCUUCGCCUUCGCCUCCGCCUCCGCCUCCUCCGUUCCCCUCUCAACCACCAUCAAUAAUACAUCCCCCAAACCACACAUCUCCUUAACAGCAUUCCGUCGCCCCCUCACGAAGCUCCACGUGUCCUCUGAAGCGACUGCGGCGGCAACCCCCCAAAAGAAGGAAGAGAGCAUAUUCUUCGAUGGCGGGGCCCACUACGGCGACCUGGUGGCCAACCUGGUCCUGGGGUUCACUCUGGUGUGGCUGCCGCUGAGCCUGGCCGCCGUGUUCCGGGCCUUCUUCCUCCGCUACAGGUUCACCGACGUCAGGGUCACCGUCAUUUCCGGGCUGACCGGCCAGGACAGGAGCGACUUCUCCUACGAGGUUGUCAAGGAUGUGCAGGUCGUCCCCAGGUUUAUUGGGGAGUGGGGUGACGUCAUCAUCACCUUGAAAGAUGGUACCAAGCUUGAUCUCAGGAGUGUCCCCAAGUUUAGGGAGAUUGCCAAAUACUGCUUGUCUAUGGCUGAUUCUCAUAAUCAAACUGCCUAAACCCUUUUCACCUUUUUUUUUUAUUCUUCAAUCUACAUUUUGUUAUCUAUUGUGUGCUACAUUUGUUAUAUAUAAAUUGAUUUUAUGCUCA